AUGACGACCACAGUAGUUGUCCAGCAGCAGCCACAGAAAAGUAACACUCACCAGAAUGUGUGGAGCACCGGCCUGUUUGACUGCUGUGACGACAUACCGGCCUGCUGCUAUGCCUAUUGGUGCUGUCCUUGUUUUGCUGUAACUACCACAGGGCAGUUUGGGGAGAAUCCCUGGGUGCCCCUCAUUGACGUUUUAGGACCAAUCGUUAUGGCCUUUUGUGGUGUGGUGGUCUGCAUGCCUCCUGUAACUCUGUCAAUGAGGGUUGCUAUGCGGUACAAAUAUGAAAUUGUGGGGAGCAUCUGUGAGGACAUAUUUACUUCCUGGUGCUGUGCCACUUGUUCUUGGUGUCAGAUGAACCGAGAAAUUAGAGAACGAAAAAAAUAUGUCACCGUCGUUACCACCCAGCAAGUGAUGGUCGGUCAGCAAGUUAUGACCGCAGCCCAGUGUGUGGACACCACAACUACUCCACCACAGGUCAUAACCACACAACCUGCAGAGGUCACAACCACACCAUCUACUGUCGAUCCACCAGCUGAUGCCACUCCUACUGCUCAAGAUUCUUAA